AUGCCGGCUCGCGCCGCUAUCGAGGAUCCAGUCUCCUCGGUCGACGCCCGUGGCAUCGGUCGCCGCAAGUACGAGGCCGCGCGUGCCAUCCGUGACUCAUACUCCGUCGCUCGUCGUAAGCACGAAGCCGCAUGA